UGCGCCCAGCAGACAGCUCUGCUGGUUGACGAGCUGACCACCAUGUCGAGCCGCGGAUCGGAGGAUAGUGAAAAUGACGGUAUUAAAGUGUUUUUCUCCGCGUCAGAGUGGGAAAAACUGAGUGGUGAUGAGAAAAAGUGUUACCGAGAUGAAAAGUGGAAGUAUGAUACGAUACGGCGCUGCGGCUGGACCACUAAACCCCCAGCCUUCAUGACCCGUAAGCCCGCUGCUCCAGAGAGACAGCAGCAACUUCAUAAUCAUCAGAAGGCCAAGACUUCAGGAGGACCAGCUCCAGGAGAGGGAGCAGCAGCGUUCCCAUCUGAAAGGUCUCGGUCACCUGUAUCGGACUCCGCCGAGCAACAAGCUCAUCCUUCACACCCAUCCCCCGACCAACCCGUCGAGGGCGCCUCCACCGGGCGUAGGAUCUCCGAACCCAGAACAUCCGAGCCCGAGGCCGCCGGGUUUAGCACCCCCGAGCUCAGGACGCCCACCCCCGAGCCCAGGACGACGCCAACCCCUGAGCCCAGGACCCCCGAGCUCUGGACCCCGACCCCCGGGCUCAAGGCCCCCACCCCCGAGCCCAGGACGCCAACCCCUGAGCCCAGGACACCCGAGCCCAGGACGCCAACCCCUGAGCCUAUGACCCCAACCUCCGAGCUCAGGACACCCGAACCCAGGACGCCUGAUCCCCAGCUCAGCAACCUCGAGCUCGGCACCCCCGAGAUCGGCACCCCCGAGAUCGGCACCCCCGAGCUCAUCACCCUCGAGCUCAGCACCCUCGAGCUCGACAGCCUCGAGCUCAGCACCCCCGCUUCCAGGACCUCCGCGACCAGGACCUCCGGGCCCAAGACCCCCAAGUCCAAGACCCCUGUGCUGAAGACUCAUCUCGGUCUGGGGAUCGACGAGCCCAAGACCUCCGAGCCUGGCAAAACCUCCGAGGCCCCACGCUACCCCAAGCGGGCUGGGAGCCGGAAGACCUACAAGGAGCUAGAGCUACAGGACGACGACUUCCUCUUCUGCGAUGACUGCCAGAAGGACUGGGACGGCGACUGCCCGUAUCACGGACCGCUGCUGGUCAUUGCGGACACCGAGGUCCCCUUCGGCCACCCGGAGCGAGCGCUGCUCACGGCGCCGAACCAGCUCGCGGUGGAGCUCAGCAAGGUCCCCGGCGAGUCGCGGGGCGUCUGGACCUGGGAGGCGGUGCCCAGGAGGGCGCGCUUCGGGCCGUUCGAGGGCGACAGCUUCGACGACCUGCCUCCCCCCACCAAGAUACGCCGCCUGGCGGCCAUGAACAUGCCCUCGUCCAACUGGAUGAGGUUCGUCAACUACGCGGACCGGCCCGAGGACGGCAACCUGGUGGCGUUUCGGCUCAAGGGCCGCCUGUACUACCGGACGGUGCGCGACAUCCCCGCCAGCAAGGAGCUGCUCCUGUGCGGCGGGCCGUCCAGGGGCCUCCGCGGCGUCAACCUGCCCCUCCCACCCGCGCGGCCCGGGACUCGACGAGGGACGAGCACGCCGACGGCGAGCACCCUCACGGCGAGCACCUUCCCCUGCAAGAAGUGCGACCUUUGCUUCGGCACCCCCCUACUCCUCGGGCAGCAUCGACUCAGGUGCUCGGUCGAGCUCAGUCGGCGUCGCGCUGGUGGCGGUGGCUCCUUGGUCAGCGGUGGGCCGAGGAUAAAAGAAGAGCAGCCACUGGAGGAAGAGUGGCCGCAGGCAGAUUACGUAGUAGAUGUAAAAGAAGAGCUGCUGGAGGUGGAGGAGCUGCUGCAAGGAGAAGAGCUGCAACCGGUGAAGGAAGAGCCGCAACAGGUGGAAGAAGACCUGCCACCGAUGGAAGAAGGCCUGCCACAGGUGAUGGAAGAGCUGCCACUGGCGAAGGAAAAGCGGCGAGAAGACGAAGAGGGACCAAAUCGACAAGAAGAGCUGCCGCUGGGAAAUGACGUAGAGUGCGAGGCUGAAGAGGGGCCACGGCGAGAAGAAGAGCUGCCGAGGGGAAAUAAGGAAAUCUGUGAGGCUGAAGAGGGGUCUCAUCGACGAGACGAAGAGCUGCCGCGCGGAAAGGAAAAAGAGUGUGAGGCCGAAAAGGGACCACAUCGACGAGAAGAAGAGCUGCUGCGGGGAAAUGAGAAAAAGUGUGAGGCUGAAGAGGGACCACAUCGACGAGAAGAAGAGCUGCCGCAGGGAAAUGAGAAAAAGUGUGAGGCUGAAGAGGGGCCACAUCGACGAGAAGUAGAGCUGCUGCAGGGAAAGGACAAGGUGUGCGAGGCUGAACCGGGGACACGGCGAGGAGAAGAGGUGCCGCGGGGAGAUGAGAAAAAGUGUGAGGCUGAAGAGGGGCCUCACCGACGAGACGAAGAGCUGCCGCAGGGAAAGUGCAAGGCUGGAGCGGGGACUCGGCGAGGAGAAGAAGAGCUGCCGCGGGGAAAUGAGAAAAAGUGUGAGGCUGAAGAGGG